GAACAUCUAUGGAGGUAACUGAUGAAGUGAUAACAUACGUUUUAAAGUUUGAACUGAAUGUUCGAUAAUGUCGCAAAUCGCAAUUAUAUUAUUAUAAUUUAUAACGUACAAGUUUUAAAUUUUUAUCGAAAAUCGGAAUGACGUUAGAAUGUUUCAUUCAUUGUUUCGUGUCAUUAUUUGACUUAGUUGUCACCUGGCUCGGUUUACGUGGUUCCAACAAAAUCGACGUGGAAAUUGUAUACAAAUCAAACGAUUUUAUUAUUGUCAACAAACCCGAGGAUGUAUUUACAAACAAUCAUAACAAAGCAAGGCCGUCUUUGGAUGUUUUACUUGGAAAGAAAUAUCCACAUUUGGUGAACAGCAAUUUAGAACAUGGUUUCUAUUUUGUGCACAGGUUAGACUUUGUGACCAGUGGUGUGUUAUGCAUUGCACUAAACAAACGAGCAUGUGCCAAGGCUUCGGGCGCAAUGCAAAAAAGAAUAUCCCAAAAGUAUUACAUAGCAUUAGUCAGAGGACAUGUGUCCAAAAACCAUUUGGAUUUGACUGAUUCUAUUGGGUACUGUGCGAGAGAAGCUGAAGGAAAUCGAAAAAUGUGCACCAUGGACAAGGUGUGUUGCACCGGGCCACGGGACGCACACACUCGGCUAGUAGUAUUGGAGCGUGGCAUGUUCAUGUCGUAUCCCGCAACCAAAGUCUUGUUGCAGCUCAUCACUGGUCGACGUCAUCAGAUCAGGGUGCACUGUUCGACAAUAGGACACACGAUCAUCGGCGAUUACACAUACAGCAAUCGUAAGGACACGAGUCCUAGCCGUACGUUUCUCCACUCUUAUAGACUGGAACUGGGCGUCGACGGAAUAAACGUCCAGACGAUCGAUCCAUUUACUAAGGCUAAACUUAAUGGUUUGUGGAUCCCAGUGGAAUACAUCAACGGAGCAGGAGACGAUUGUUUUCGUUUAUUUGACAGCCACAGCUGACAUACGUAAAUUAUGAAGUCAUACCAUGUAUGAUGUAUUCAUGUGCAUGUACAUAUAACAUAUCAAUAUAAUAACCAGUUUAAUAUUGUA